AACCACGUGGUGCUUGUUACAUAGCCACGCCUUUUUGAAGAUGGCUGCUGUCAGUGAAGUGGAGAAAAAUGAAGAAGAAUUACUACUGCACGUGAGCCCAGAGGAGGAGAAAGAGGAGCAGAGAGUUCUAGAGGAACCAAAACUUCCGGAAAGUGAAGAAGAACAUACUGAUAUCAGCACUAUCAAAUAUCCUUCAUCAACUGCCAAACUUGAAGACCUCCCUAAUAAUCGUAUCAAGAGGUACGUUAAUGAUAAAGGAAACUUUAUAACAGGAAUUGACAUCAACUCAGAGGAAUCAGUUAAGAAGAAAGCUACUAGACAUGAACGUUUUGGUACAGAAGUAGUAGAGACUAGCAGAGAAGAAAUCAAAAUUAACGAGAGAGCGAAAAGAUUUGGAAUAUCCUCAACCAACAAUGGAGAGAUAAUAAGAUACACUAGAAAAUUACCAGAAGUACCGGAAGGAGGUGAGUCUCGACCUGAAGGUCUGGUAGUGUACGGUACUAAUGAGAUGAGUACUCAAGACGUCUUUAAUGUCUUCACUGAAUACGGCCCAAAACAUAUUGAAUGGAUUAACGACAAGUCAUGUGUUGUGGUAUGGGAGGAUUCUUCUUCAGCCCAACGAGCGUUUCUUGGUAAAGGGGUGUGGCCGGUUUUGGAAGAGGGUGUGUCUGAUUCCCCAUUGUGGCGUAAGGGACCGGCUGGGCUGUUACUAAGAAUAGCAACUAGUGCUGACGUGAAAGAGAAAGGCUCCAGAGCAAAGAGUGACUAUUAUAAGAAAUAUGGAGACCCAAAUAGUUGGAAUAGAGAGAGAAGGAAAAGACCUAGAAAUAAGGACCUGAGGCAAAGAUUAGAAGAAAAGAAACAAUGUGAAGAUGAAGAAGAAGAGGAAAUGGAGACGAAUGAAGUGAAGCAAAUGAAACUAGAAGAGGAGGAGGAGGAGGAAAGUCUAAAUGAGGCAAACAAAAUGGAAGUCUCCAGUGAUACUUUGAUUAGUGAUCAGAUCAUAAAAGAAGGAGGGCCCCAUCCUCCUCCUAAUGAUUUGAGACAUAAACUAGGAACUUCUAAGAAGAGACAGCAACUGAAAUCACGCCUAGGACCUUUCCCCUCAUUGUAAUCCUUUCACUUUUUAUACUCAAACUCUUUAUAAUAACA